GAUCUGGAAUUUUUCCUGACCACGGCGUCACGUGACGUGAUCUCAGAAUACUGCAGGUCCUGGGAUUAUAAAAAAAGUGAGGGAGAGAGAUGUCUGUAUAUACCGAACAAGCCGGAGAAGAUGUACGACCUCUUCAUAGAUAGACUACAGCUGGCCAUCCUCACACACUGUACCGUGUCUGACGGGGGGAUUCAUGACAGGAUCAGUAAACGUUUGGGCGUCCCUAGAGAAGUACUAAGAUGGGAUCAGGAGGCCAGAGAGCGGUAUGUGGAGUACGCUAAUAGAGGAACACAGACAGUCCACCACGCCCGGGGGAUGAUUGUAGGAUGUGCCUGGGCGGGCAAAACCACGCUACUUAAACGUCUUCUUGGUUGUACUGAAAAAGAGAUUGAGGAAGUAAAAUCUACCGAGGGAUUGGAGGUGCAUGAGGAAAUAUUUGAAUUAUGUGAUGAAGAAAAAUCUUUGAAAGCCAGAAGAAAAUACAAAGACCAAAACAAUGUAGAAAGUAAUUCUGAAAAGUUGGAUUCAAAGACCCUGACAUUCUUUGACUUCGGAGGCCAGGCUGCGUACUACGCCUGUCACCAGAUUUACCUGACCGGGAGAGCGUUCUAUGUUGUGGUGGUGGACUCCUCUAAACGUCUUGACCAAAAGGUGGAUGAGAAAGUGUGUGAUCAAGAUGGUAGCGUGUUCUCUGGUUGGACCUAUGGAGACUACUUUGUAUUCUGGUUGAAGUCUAUACAUACUUACUGUGGCUCCGACAAUGAAAACGACCAAAAGCCUGUAGUACUUAUAGUAGCAACCCAUUGGGAAGAAGGACUCAGACAGUUUAAGGACAAGAAUGAACUUAUGGACAGUCUGCGAGAUCAGCUUCCUAAGCCAUCUAAUUUAUCACAGUACAUCAGAUAUGAUAGAUUUCAUUGUAUACAGCUAUCUGUACCACUUCAUAAUUUAGAAAGAAGCUUUUACGAAAUUGCCUGUGAUCAGCAAUGGAAAGAAAGUAUUCCGAAAGAAUGGUUUUUCUUUCAAAUAGAAAUCAACCAGAAGAAACAUUAUAAGCGAAUUUUGAAAGUCUCUGAAAUAACAACAGAUCUUCCUGAGUCUACUGCUGAUUCUCAGAAAGGUUUAAAUGAAAUAUCAAAAGGAAAACUAGAUAUGCUACGAUACUACCAUGAUGCCGGGAAAGUUCUAUACUUUGAUGAAAAUGGUCUGAAUGAAGGUUUGAUUAUUGAUAUCCAGUGGUUUAUUGACGCCUUUAAACAUAUCAUCAAAGACAGACUACAUUUUACUGGUAUUCCUGGAAACGAAGAGGAUUGGGACGAAUAUUAUAAAAGUGGAUAUUUGCGGAACACCCUUCUUAUAAAAAUAUGGAAGAGCAAGGAUGAUAAACUGUGCGAAAUGUUAAAGAAAGAGAAUGAGAAAUACAAAAUUAAAAUGGGCUCUUUUAGAUUUGACGCAAGAUACCUGAAAUAUCAUCAGGAAUCGCUUCUAAAUUUUAUGCAAAGACUGGGUUUACUGGUUGUUGGUGAGGAAUCCCACUAUGUUCCCUGCAUGAACCGGAAGGAGAUGGAGCCAGCUGUCCCAGAUCUUAUUCGUCGAUCGGAAAGUAAAUCAUCUGUUCUCGUUUAUCAGUUUACAUUUCUACCCUUUUUCUUCUUCUUUCGUCUUGUCGUUGCUUGUAUGCAAGAGGAAAAUUGGAAAGUUCUUAAAACGCAUGGCACACCAAGCCUCUACAAAGACGCGGCUUUGUUUUUAGUUGAGGGAUACACUGUUGUUUUGUCCGUUACAAAGGAAUCUAUACAACUUCAAAUAGUUCAUCCUAAGAAAGGCUGUAUUUUGGAAUUGGAUAAUUAUAAAACUCAAGAAAUUCAAGAAAGGGUAGAAAAUAUACUGUAUGAUUUUGCAGGAAAAUUUCACAGAAAGCUGUUGUUUACACGAGGGUUUAGGUGUCGCGUGGAUGAUAAAAAUUUAAUUGCCAUGGAUAUCAAUGGUCAUUUCCUUUCAGAGGAAGACAUUCAAAAAGAUGAUGGAGAAAUGAUUUGUCCUUUGCAUACAGUUAUUGAUCAGCAUUCUAUCAAUACAAAAGAGCUGAAGAGAUAUUGGAAAAUAUAGAUGGAUGCAAAAAUAAUUACAAUAAAAUCAUUCUAUCUGUGUCAAUUUUUGGACGGAAUGAGUUCAUUGUUGUUGUAAAUAUCAUAAUUACACGUAUUUUUUCCUAUUCUUUGGAGUCACCUUAAGCUUUGGUCAUGGUCAAGUUGCUGUCAAUUUUUUCUUAAUAUAGAUCUAUAAUCUCAGAGAUAAAUUUUUUUUUCAAGAUAGUGCAAAAUAAUAUGCCAUUCAAGAACUUCAGAUUUAUUAAAUUUGGAAUCAGAAGAUAAAGUGACAAAACCUUACCGGCAAAUUGUUAGAUUCAGUUAAUUAUAGACCCUUGUAUAACUUUCAGAACUAAAAUGUCCACUUCUUAAUACUCUCUACGUCUUUUAA